AUGUCGGAAACCACCACCACCGACACCGAAAUGCAGCAUCAAGGGGCCGCGACUGGCUGGACCGACUCCAGAGCAAUCUCGCGAGGCUUGAAAGUGCACCAAGAUGAAGGCCGGUCACUCGGCAAUGCAGUAAACAGGAAUCAAUCAGGCAAGGCGGUGUCUAAUCGCAUACAACCGUUGACCCUGGAAUCAUCGGAUCGUCCGCCCCGAGAUAUACACGGAACAAAAUGGGUGUUUGCUCUGACGGCCAUAUUGUCCAGCGUGUUCUUGUUCGCGCUGGAUCAAACGAUUGUCGCCGAUGUUCAGCCAGACAUCAUCGCCGAGUUCGAGUCAAUAGAUAAGUUGCCUUGGCUCUCAGUUUCCUUCCUUCUCGGAACUGCCAGCACCAAUCUGCUCUGGAGUCGGAUCUAUAGUCAAUUCAAUCCCAAAUGGAUCUAUGUGCUCUGCGUAGCCUUGUUCGAGGUCGGUUCGGCUAUCUGCGGCGCAGCGCCAAACAUGAAUGCACUCAUUAUCGGACGUGCUCUGGGUGGCCUGGGCGGUGGAGGAAUGUACUUGGGUGUGAUGAUGAUGCUGUCCCUGUUCACGACACCUGUGGAACGACCAAAGUAUAUCGGAACUAUCGGGGUGGUGUUUGGUUUUGGCACCGUCCUUGGACCGGUCAUUGGAGGUGCCUUCGCUUCUAACCCCUCCACAACGUGGCGAUGGGCGUUUUAUAUCAACUUGUGCAUCGGCGGCGCUUUUGCGCCAGCGUAUUUCUUCUUGCUUCCGUCCCGGGACCUGCGACCGGGUGUGAAAUUCUGGGACCGGAUGAGAGCAGUGGACUGGAUCGGAAACACUCUUGUCAUCGGAGUGUACGUCUCUGGGCUCAUGGCCAUUUCCUUCGGUGGCACCACCUUUGAGUGGAACAGCGCCCAAGAGAUUGCAAUGUUUUGUGUCUCAGGCGUUCUUCUCAUCAUGCUCUGCGUGCACCAGGUUUUGUCUGACCCGAAGAAUCGAAUGUUUCCGGUCCAUUUCCUGAAGCACUGGGGCCUGUUAAUCCAAUUCUUGGUCGGGGCCUCUGCGGGGACAUCGUCUUUUGUGACCAUCUAUUUCAUCCCGCUCUACUUCCAGUUUGUGCAGCACAGUGGUUCCCUGCUGUCCGGUGUGCGGUUAUUGCCAUUUAUCGGCUCCCUAGCGGCCUUUACUAUGUUAAGCGGGAACUUCAUGGUCAAAUCAGGAUACAGUAUGCCAUGGUAUGUCAUCGGCUCGGUCCUCGUCAUCGCCGCCAACGCCAUGCUUUACAAGCUUGAUCUCUCGACGUCCAAUGGAUUCAUUUACGGUGGGAUGGUUCUCAACGGUAUUGGUACGGGAAUGUUUCUUAAUGCUCCCUUUGCCGUCGCCCAAUGGCUGGCUCCACCGCAGGAGACAUCGAGUGCUGUUGGAUUCAUCAUGUGUGCUCGAGGCGGAGGCCUUGCCAUUGCACUGUCUAUUGCAAACAGCAUCUUCCUGAACCUAGCCGAAAAUGGGAUUCGCCAUCAGUUUCCAACAAUGGACAAGACACAGAUUCAGAGUCUUACCUCCGGCGUCGGCAGCAGUCUCUUGGACAGCCUCAGUGAGGGCCAAAAGCAGGAAGUUCUCGCAGCGAUUGUGUACGCGAUCAGUCGUGUGUUCAUCCUGUCCAUCGCCUCCGGCUGCUUUUGUCUAUGCCUGUCGAUCUUCAUGGACCGCAGAAAAAUCAAGGUUGGCUAG